AUGGCUGAGGUAAAUUACAUUGAUUGUUUUAACUGUAUUUAGGCAUUGACAACUAAGCCGUGUCUAACCAACUGAACUUGUGGAUAUACAUUCCACCAUUUGGUGGCUGCCUGUACUGUGGUGCUUGGUUCACUAGCCAAUCAAGAUGCUGUCAACAAGUAUGGCUAACGUUAGCUAGCCCUCUGUCCAGACUGAGCCUUCUGUCAGUCUGUCCGUGUAGUUAGCUAGAUAGCUUUUUGGGUUAGCUUAAUAACUAGACUAAUGAUGGACGCAAAUGAUCCCAUGAUGUUUAUUCAAUUCAUGCUUUCAGACGCACAACUUGCAGGACCUGCAACAUCAAGCAGCUGUCGCCUCCAAAGUGUAUGUCCAGCGGGACUACAACUCGGGUACAAUCUGCAGGUUCCAGACCAAGUUCCCCUCUGAGCUGGAGUCUAGGGUAUGAGACCACACACACACACAGCUACUAAGCAGACCAUGGUUCAAAUACAAUUGUCAUACAUUCUUUCAGUUCGUGUAGUCAGUGUACUUCUCCAGACCCCCAAGAAAGGAUCAUUAUUUCUCAGUGACUUUGGUCGUGCAUACCUCUUACUGAGGGGUCGAUGGGCAUAAUUUUUUUCAGGUUGACAGGCAGCAGUUCGAGGAGACAAUACAGACGCUGAACAACCUCUAUGCUGAGGCUGAGAAAAUAGGUGGCAAGUCUUACCUGGAGGGCUGCUUGGCCUGCAUGACAGCUUACACUAUCUUCCUCUGUAUGGAGACCCAUUAUGAGAAAGUAGGUCCUUCAGUCUUCUCCAUAGAAGUAUGUAGGCCAAGGGUUGUUAGAACAUUCCAAAUAAAAACAAUCCGUGUCCCUGUGGGCCCUGGUCUAAAGUAGUGCACUUACUAUAUUGGGAAUAUGUUGAAACAAUGUUUUAUGUCGUGGACCAGUGGCCGUAUUAGGUGUAGUCAUUUUAUGAGGCCAAGCAAUGAAUGGGUGAAAGGGCUUACUUUCUUUGUCUCUAGGUAUUGAAGAAGAUCGCUAGGUUCAUCAAGGAGCAGAAUGAGAAGAUCUACGCUCCUCUGGGACUGCUGCUGACGGACCCAAUAGAGAGAGGUCUCAGGGUUGUAUCCUUUACUGUCCCAGAGGCUCACACUAACAGAGGCUGCAUCCCAAAUGCCACCAUAAUCCCCAUAUAUUUUCCUUGGGCUCUGGUUAAAAGUAGUGCACUAUAAAGGGAAUAGGAUGCUAUUUGGGACGCACAACUAGACCUUUCUUGUGUAACUGUCUUGCAUUUGCUGGAUCCCAGCUUCCUUAACUAA